UCCAUUCUGGCCUUGUAUAUUUGAUGUAAUUCUGGCUAUAAACAAUUCCCGAUCACGCUCUGCAGCGAUUUAUACUCUAACAGAAUAUUUUGUUGAUCAAGAAAACUUUUCCUACUUAAUUCUUUUGCAUACAAACGCAGCCUCGUGUAUAGGAGCAACUGCAAUGGUAGCAACAGGCACGAUGCUGAUAGCGUACCUCAAACAUAUUUGUGGAAUGUUUAGUAUUGCAAGUUUCCGUAUUAAGAAGGCAAUGACAAUUAAUAUGCAACAAGAUGUUACUGAAGAAAAAAUGGUUAUAAUUUAUAAAGGAAUAAUCUGUGCGAUAGACAUUCAUCGCAAAGCUACAGAGUUUUCUCAAGUCUUUAUAAAGAGUUUUGAAGGAUCUUUCUUUUGUUUAAUAGCGGCUGGUAUGGUUUGCUUAACCAGCACUCUUGUUCAAAUCAUAUCAUAUAAUAGCACAGAGCAACUUGUAUUACAUUUUAUAUACUUAAGUGUCCUCUACAUGUACAUGUUUCUGUCCAAUUAUAUCGCACAAGAUAUUACAGAUCACAAUGAAUACGUAUUUGCUACAGUAUAUAACGUAGAAUGGUACAUGGCUCCGUUACACAUACAAAAAAUGAUGUUAUUUCUACUGCAAAAGGGUACAAAGGCUUUUCAUUUGAUUCUCGGUGGAAUAUUCAUUGCGUCACUGGAAAGUGCUGCUACG